CCUCCACUCCUCUCUUCCUUCUUCCAUUCCCCAUCCUCACUACUCCAUACACACACACACUCUCUCACACACACCAUCAUAUAUAUAUACAACACACACUCAGGUCCAUUUCCUCCUUAUCUUCCACACCUACACACUGCUUGGAGAUCAUCAUCUACCGAUCGACCUCAUGCACAUUCCCUAGCACUACACUACUAGCUCACCGCCGCAGCUACGUGCACCGGCGGCACGCCGCACGUGCGAGAUCAAGCCAAGAUCAGAACCAGCUGGGUCAAUAGGACGGCAAUGAGGAAGCCGGAGGGCCCAGCGGCGAGCGGCGGCUGCAAUGGCGGUGCGGCGGCGGCGGCGAAGCUGCGGAAGGGGCUGUGGUCGCCGGAGGAGGACGAGAAGCUGGUGGCCUACAUGCUGCGGAGCGGGCAGGGGUCGUGGAGCGACGUGGCCCGGAACGCCGGCCUGCAACGCUGCGGCAAGAGCUGCCGCCUCCGGUGGAUCAACUACCUCCGGCCGGACCUCAAGCGCGGCGCCUUCUCGCCGCAGGAGGAGGACCUCAUCGUCAGCCUCCACGCCAUCCUCGGCAACAGGUGGUCUCAGAUCGCUGCCCGGCUGCCGGGGCGCACCGACAACGAGAUCAAGAACUUCUGGAACUCCACCAUCAAGAAGCGGCUCAAGAACAGCUCCUCGGCCUCGUCGCCGGCGGCCACCGACUGCGCGUCGCCGACGGAGCCUAGCAGCAAGGUCGCCGGCAUCGACAUCAGCGGCGCCACCAGCUGCCCGGACCUCGCCGGCCUGGACCAUCAUCAUCAGGACGGCGGCCACCACCACGCGAUGAUGACGACGGGCUUGUGGAUGGUGGACUCGUCCUCCUCCACUUCCUCAUCGACCUCGCCGAUGCAGAGCCGGCCGCCGCCGUCGGCCAUUGCAGCGGCGGUGGCCCGGAGCUACGGCGGCCUCCUCCCCCUCCCCGACCAGCUCCGCGGCGGCACGGCGGCCGACACGUCGCCGGCAGGGUUCUUCCACGGCCACGCGGCGCCGUUCAAACAGCAAGCAGCAGUUGCCUCAUUGCAUGGCGGUUACUAUGGAAUGGGCAGUCCUCAUCACCAUGGGAUGAUGGCAAUGGAGGGAGGAGGAGGGUGCUUCAUGAGAGGAGAAGGCCUCUUUGGUGUGGCCCCUCUGCUGGAUGCCAUGUCAGCACAAGACCAAGACCAGGCAGGCCAGGCCCUAAUAGCAUCAAGUGGUGGUAACAACAACCCUAAAAACAACAGCAGCAACAACACUACCGAGACUACAACAACAGUGAGUAACAAUGAGAGCAACAUCACAGACAACAACACCACCAACACCAAGGACAACAACAUCAACGCCAUGAGCCUAGUGAACAGCGGCAGCAGCAAUGUGGCUGCUGUCUACUGGGAGGGGGCCCACCAGCAGUACAUGAGCAGGAAUGUCAUGCAUGGGGAGUGGGACCUGGAGGAGCUGAUGAAAGAUGUGUCAUCCUUGCCUUUCCUUGAUUUCCAAGUCGAAUGAUUGGGAGGGCCCAUCUCCAGCUGGCUGCCAAUGAAAGGAGUAGAGUAGUACAUAUAUGCAUAUAUACAUAUAUACACAACUAUACAUAAAUACAUACGUAUACAUUAAGAUUAGUAUUUCCCCCCAUCCUUGACAUUAUUGUUCCCUCCAAUGUAAAAGAUUUUUCUCUUCUCACCAAACCUACUUCACCUCACUUUUGGUCCUACACAUCUUGGAUUAUUCAUCCUCCUGUAUACAGGCAUUUUCAUGCCAUGCAAUGCAAAUAAACAAAAUCAAAUCUUGAGCUACA